CCAAAAUCCCCCAUGGCGAUGAGACCUCCUCCUCCGCUGGUCGACGACCUCAUGCGCGAGAUCUUCCUGCGCGUGCCGCCGCACGACCCCAGGGCCCUCGUCCGCGCCGCCGCCGGCUGCAGGAGCUGGCGCGGCAUCAUCCGCGACGCCGAGUUCGCCCGCGAGUACCGCAAGCGCCAUGGGGCGCCGCCCAUGCUGGGCUUCCUCUUCGAGGAACUCCACUACCCUCGCAGAGAGUUCGACGACGCGUACUGGGUCUCCCACUUCGUCUCCACCGCGACCUUCCGCCCGCCGCCACCGGCGUGUCAGGCUCGCCCCUACUGGCACUUACUCGACUCCCGGCACGGCCUCGUCCUCUUCUACACCCCUCGAAUGAAAGCGGACUUCGUUGUCUGCGACCUCGUCACCGGCAACCAGUGGGAAAUUCACGCCAGCCCCAAGUGCGCCGACAUCAUGUGGUGGGAGUGGGAUGAAGAGGACGAGGAACUCGAGCGCAUACGCUGUAAUGCCGCGGUGUUCUGCGCCAAGGACCGAUGCGACCACCUCCACUGCCAUGGCGGCCCUUUCCGCAUCGCCUUGGUGGGCUCCGAGGAGAGUGAAUUAGUAGCCCACGCCACCGUCUACUCAUCAGAGACUGGUGAGUGGAGCGACAUGAUCGAGGUUCAGACCCUGGAUUUCAUCCUAGGCCCCUGGUCGGGGCACAGUGCUGUUGUGGGAAAUAAGGUCUAUGUCCCCUGUGUGGAGAGUGACAGUGUCGUCGAGUACAACAUGGAUGAGCAAAAACUAUCUGUGAUUGAUUCCCCGGACACAAACCAUGGUGGAUACCUCAUGGGAGUGGAGGACGGCAUGCUGCUGUUUGCGUUUGUGGUGCAGCCUAGACUCUACCUAUCGUCAAUGAAGAUUGGUCCCAGCGGAGCUGUGGGAUGGGCGCGACAGAGGAUCAUCGAGCUCGAACCGUUGCUCCCUCGUGAUGUCCUCUUGGACAAGUACAUGUCGGUAGUUGGUUUUGCUGAAGGUAUUAAUGUCAUCUUCCUGAGUACAGCAACACAUGGGUUGUACACAAUUGAUCUCAAUUCAGGCGAACACAAGAAGGUGCACGACAGGAUUUAUGGUUAUUAUUUCGAAAAGGUCAUGCCCUACAUGAGCUUCUAUACUGGAGCAUGGGGGCGGUUGCCGACCUCACACCAAGUUUCGCGCGCAGUUGUUGGUGCUACUACGAUAUAAUCAAAUGGCGUCAAGACGAUGGAUCUGUUUACUUCUGCUGCCCAGGAAGAAUUUGAAGCGAACUGUGGUGUCUUCUGUUGCUGCUUGUGGUGAACAGACUGGCUAAGGUGUAUGAGCUUUGUUCUACCUGUGCUUGUGCAAGAACUUGAGUUUGUUCGUCUAGGUUGGGUGCAACUCAAACUUUCUUUUGGCGGAAAUUCUGAAGAUUGAUGUUUUUGUGGCACGAAUUGGUGCACAUUGCUACUAUAUCCUUUUGCUGAUAUAGUGGUUGCUCUUGUCUGGAAACUGCACUCUUCUGGAGUAUAUAAUGUACAAUGUUCCUGGUCACAAUAGGGUUCUCACUAGAGGCAAUGUUGCAAGGCACAUAGCACAAUUUUGGUGCUGAGCCCGAGUCUGUUGUUCUCUGAAUGCCCUGCGGCCAAGAUGUGGUGGCCUGAACUUUCUGAAUUAAUUCAUAUUGAUUUGGGAACGGA